CAACAGAGUUUUCAAACGGGCCCAGAGGUGACGUCAAAAAACCACAGAGGGAGGAAAAACAGCCGGUUCCUGCCCGGGCCCCCUCCCUCUCCUGCUCCGGGCCGGGCAGCGGAGGCGGCGGAGCCUCCGGAGCCUCCCGUGCCCCCAUCCCACCGGCAGAGCCCAUGGCAACCCAGCUGCCCGUCCUGUGCCUCCUGCUGGGAAUGUGGGCUAUCCCAGACCGUGGAGGAGCCACCUGGAUCCCUGGAGAAUCCAUCCUGAGGCUCACCAGAGGUGGCUGCCGCUGCACUGGGAUACUGGAGGUGAACUGGGAAAACCAAUGGAGACAAAUUUGUCGGGAGAGCGUGAGCAGGGAGGACCUGGAUUGGAUCUGCCAGCGGCUGGAGUGCGGCCCCAGGACCUCUGAGCCCUUGGAGUUCAUCAUUCCCGGUGGGAAAGGGCCACACAGUCAGGCCACGAGGUGCAUUUGGGCACCAAGCCCACUGGGUUGGAAACCUGGGGUGCCACUGGGAUGCCACUGGGAGCUGGAAAACUGCACGGAUCACAUCAUGGUGGCCUGCAGAGAGCCAGUGAAAACAACUCCCAAGCCCCCACCGCCACCCCCGGCCACCACCCCGGAGCCCACAGGACCCCCCAGGCUGCGGCUGGUGGACGGGAAUUUCAGCUGCUCCGGCUUCCUGGAGCUGCACAAGCAGGGGCUGUGGGGGGCCGUGGCGAGCGCCCCGCAAAUCCCAGAGCGUCUGGUCACCCUCAUCUGCCAGGAAUUGCACUGUGGCACUGCCGGGAAGAGCCACGGGCAGCCGGAUCCAGGGAUCCACCUGCCGGUGCGGUGGGAAGCGGUGGAUUCCUGUGGGAGCCCUUCCCUGCUGGACUGCUUCAACAGGACCAGCUCCCGGGGGAAAACACCCGCCUUCAUCACCUGCUCAGAUUCCCAGCCCCGGGCCCUGCGCAGGCUGGCAGCCGGCCCCACCCCGUGCGAAGGGGACAUCCAGGUAUUCCACGCGGGACAGUGGCGGGAUCUGUGUGACUCGGGAGCAGCGCAGCGGAAGGAGCGUGGCCAGCAGCUCUGCCGGGAGCUGGGCUGCGGGAAUCUCACUGCCAGCACGGGAAUCCGGGAGCCUCCCUCCAUAGGAGUCACCUGUGGGGCCGGCCCCCUGCACCUCUGCCAGCCCAGGCUCGGGAAUACCCGGAGCUGCUCCCGGACCAGAGUUGUGUGCCAGGACUCGAAGCCGCUUCCCACUGGAGCAUCUGCUGGAACCGUCGUGAGCAUCUGCCUGGCCCUGCUGCUUUUCCUCAUCCUUUUCCUGAUCUGUGGCCCUCCUGCCUACCGGAAGCUGAUGAAGAGAAUCUCCAAGAAGAAGCAGCGCCAGUGGAUCGGCCCCACGGGACUCAACCAGACGGUGUCUUUCCACCGCUCCAGCACCGCACCGAGGCCUCGGGGACAGGGAGGGGACAACGACUACGCUCAGGCCCCCCAGAAGAGCUCCCAGCUCUCUGCUUACCCAGCUCUGGAAGCGGCGUGCCGGCGCUCCAACCCUCCGGAUAACUCCUCGGACAGCGACUACGACCUGCACUCCGCCCGCAGGGUGUGAUUCCCUCCCUCCCAAAGGAUCCAAUCCCACCUCCCACCUCAGCUCUGGGGCAUCCCGGCAUUCCAGCACCCUUCCAGGAGCACUUCCCAGCCUCCUCAUGGGAGAAAAGGAGGGUUUGGGGGUUGUUUUAAAGCUAUUUAUAGGAGUUUAAGAGGUAGAGGGGGGAUGCAAGGAGCCCUUUGGAAUAGUGGGAUCACCAGCUUCUCCAAAGCAGGAUAAAGAGUUGGGAUGAUGGAUAAAGGAUAGGGAUGCAAGGGUGGGAAUACUGGGAAC